AUGUACUGCUUCGUCUUUUUUCUUCCUUGGCAUUCCGUUCAUGGUGACGCGAGCUAUUCUUUUCCAGAGGAGAUGAAACGCGGAUCUGUCAUUGGAAAUAUCGCAAAGGAUCUCGGUCUACAGUCGUCAAAACUGUCCUCCAGAAAUGCCCGUGUUGACACAGAGGGCAAUCGUAAAAGAUACUGCGACAUUAACCUCACUACUGGAGAUUUAAUUGUGGCAGACAGGAUUGACCGUGAGGGGCUUUGUGGUGAAAAAGCGUCGUGUGUUUUGAAACAUGAACUUGUGUUGGAAAAUCCUUUUGAGCUGCAUCGUAUAAGUCUACACGUUCAAGAUAUCAACGACAACUCCCCACAAUUUAAUGAGGAAACAAUCAAUAUUGAAAUUAGUGAGUCGGCAGAUAGAGGAGCUCGUUUCUUGAUUGAAGAGGCACAUGAUGCGGAUGUAGGCCAAAAUUUAGUUCAGAGCUACAACCUAAAACACAAUGAUAAUUUCAUUUUGGCUAUAAACGGAAACACCCUUGAGCUUGUUCUCGAUAAAGAGCUUGAUCGUGAGCAACAACGGGAAAUCAGCUUGCUUCUUACAGCUCUAGAUGGUGGUUCUCCUCAGAGAUCAGGUACUGUUGUAAUUCACGUCACUGUACUGGAUGCUAAUGACAAUGCUCCAGUGUUCAGCCAAUCCGUCUAUGAAGCCAGUCUGCCUGAAAACUCUCCUCUAGAUACUGUCGUGAUUAAAGUGAGUGCUACUGAUGCAGACGAGGGAGUGAAUGGAGAUGUAACGUAUGAUUUUGGUCAUGUUACAGAGGAUGUAAAGAAGAUUUUCAGUAUUGACCGUAAAACAGGUGAAAUACGAGUAAUUGGCACAAUUGACUUUGAAACUGUCACAUCAUUUGAAUUACGUGUUAAAGCAAAGGAUGGGUUGGGGCUAUCCUCCUACACCAAGGUAAUAAUUGUUAUCACAGAUGUAAAUGACAACGCACCUCUAAUCUAUUUGAAAUCGCUGACAAAUCCCAUGCGAGAGAACGUGUCACCUGGUACAGAGGUGGGCGUCAUUAACGUGCAGGAUAGCGAUUCUGAAAACAGCCAACAGGUCCGAUGCUCUAUUCAGCAAAACGUCCCUUUUAAAUUGGUUCCAUCCAUCAAAAACUAUUAUUCUCUGGUGACCACGGGCCAACUUGACCGUGAAAUUGUAUCCGAUUACAACAUUACAAUCACUGCUACAGACGAGGGCUCUCCUCCUCUGUCCUCCUCCAAAAUUGUUCAGUUAUCUGUAGCUGACGUCAACGACAACUCACCUGUGUUUGAGGAGCAGUCCUACAGCGCCCAUGUGACUGAAAAUAACAAACCUGGCUCCACUUUAUGUUCCAUCACUGCCCAGGACCCAGACUGGAGACAAAACGGCACAGUGAUUUAUUCUCUUUUACCUGGUGAGUUGAACGGGGCCCCGGUGUCCUCCUAUCUGUCAGUUAACGGAGACACUGGGGUGAUCCACGCUGUGAGGUCAUUUGAUUAUGAACAGUUCAGGAGCUUUAAAGUCCAGGUGAUGGCCAGAGACAACGGCUCUCCUCCGCUCAGCAGCAACGUGACCGUCAGUGUCUUCAUAACAGAUGUGAAUGACAACUGUCCUCAGAUACUGUACCCCGCCCCAGAAGGCAGCUCGUUCAUGACCGAGCUGGUGCCCAAAGCUGCACACGGAGGCUCUCUGGUGUCCAAGGUGAUAGCGGUGGACGCGGACUCCGGCCAGAACGCCUGGCUGUCCUAUCAUAUAGUCAAAUCCACUGAUCCGGGACUUUUCACUAUUGGUGUCCACAGCGGAGAGAUCAGGACACAGCGGGACAUUUCUGAAUCUGACAGCAUGAAACAAAACCUCAUUGUGGCAGUGAAAGAUCACGGGCAGCCCUCUCUCUCUGCCACCUGUUCCAUGUUUUUACUAAUUUCGGACAACUUGGCUGAAGUUCCAGAACUGAAAGAUAUGUCUUUUGACGAGAGCAAUUCCAAACUGACCUCAUAUCUGAUCAUUGCGCUGGUGUCUGUCUCCACAUUCUUCCUAACUUUCAUAAUUAUAAUCCUGGGUUUAAGGUUUUGUCGCAGGAGAAAGCCCAGACUGUUGUUUGAUGGGGCGGUCACCAUCCCCAGCACUUAUCUCCCUCCCAAUUACGCAGAGGUUGACUGCACAGGAACUUUACGCAGCAAGUACAAUUAUGACGCCUACUUGACAACGGGUUCUAGAACUAGUGACUUCAAGUUCGUUAGUUCUUACAAUGACAUCACGCUGCCUGCAGAGGAGACUUUGAAAAAAAGUCCAUCAGACUUUGAAGAGGUAUUUGGAGAUGCAGGUCAAUCCCCUGAGGUAGGAAGACACAGCCUUUAUUCAUUUAUUUAUUUAUUUAUUUUUUUCAUUCCAGUUCUUGAUGAAAAAGUCUUGUCUGAAGGAGUGUAUUUUUGUCAUUGA